CAUUUUGUUUGAUUUGUCACUUUGGCUUGAGACAUCGGGAGAAUAACCUCGUUAAUCAAAGAAAUAAUUUUAAAAUUUAUAAAUUGUAGUGUUUUUGGUGCUUAAAUUGUUCUAGAAAUUGACAAAAUAUCAUGUCUAGAACAUGUUAUAAAAGUGGACAUGAGCAGAAGCAGCCGCAAAGUGAGCAGAUUGCAAAGGUCAAGAAAAAACUUUUUGAGAAUGAUGAAAGUACUGAAAAGGACAUCAUUGAAGACACUCCAAAUAAAAAUGUUGUAAAGAUAGACAUGAUGAAGAAAGACAUGGCCAAGAAAACAUCCAUCCGUUCGUAUAAUAAUAAUAAUAGUCCAAUAAUCAUUCCCUUAAAUAUGCCCGGUGACGAAAUUUUAUUACCAUCCAGUGAACUUCCUGUUUUAAAUGAACAUCCUUAUAGCAAUGAAGGUCCAGUUCUAGAUCCAACUGAACUACAGAUUCCAGAGGAAAAAAAACAAAAUAAGUCGAAAGAGAAAGCGUCGACCGGAAAAUUGGAAAAGAAAUAUACAAAAAAUAAAAAGAGAAAGAGGAGAAGAAUACACAGGCGCGAAAGGAAAAAGCAUGACAGCUAAGGUUGUUAAACCCGGUUGUGAAAGUACAUGUAAGCUUAUGUGCUCUACAAAUUUUCCCACAGACCUAAGGGAAAAAAUAAAAUCUGAAUUUUAUAGCUUAACUGAUGCUCAAAAAUACAAAUUUUACGGAAAAUACACAACAAGAACAAAAAAGAAUAGAAAGCGAACUAAAAAAGAGAAUAGUAGGAGAUCUUACACGUUCAACUAUUAUUUUCGUAAAGAAAAUGAAAGUGUCAAAGUCUGCAGAACAUUUUUUUGCAGGACGUUGAGUAUUUCAGCUCGUCGAAUUCACUACUUUCAUUUAAAAAUGGAAAAUAGCAACACCCUUUUGCCUCCUACACCGGGAAAAGGAAAAUACGUCAAAAAAGAAACGCCACCUGAGAAAAUAAAUGAAGUGAUUGAUCAUAUUAAAUCAUUCCCAACAGUACAAUCACACUACUGCAGAUCAUCUAGUAUGCGGCAAUAUUUACAACCGGGGUUAAGCGUCACAAAAAUGUACUCAUUAUACCUGGAAAAUUCUAAAAGUCCUGUUAAGGAAAACAUAUAUCGAAAAAUUUUCUGCGAACGAUUUAAUCUCGGUUUUCAUCGUCCAAAAAAGGAUGUGUGCGAUUUUUGCUGUGAGUUUAAAGCUCAAAAAAACCCCAGUAGUGAUAUCAUAGAGAAACAUGAAAAA